ACACACACACAACGAAUAUGACUCAAGGUGAUCCAGCAGCUCUAACCACAGCUGACUAAAAUUGAGAAUCGGGAACCGAAAUAUAUUUCUUGAAAUAUUUAUUUACUGUAGAAAAAUUUUGGUAAUAAAUCCUCCAGCUUGAAAAUGACAUCCUUUUCAUCUGGUGGUACGUCUUCAUCUUCUGACCGAGUUCCUCCUGCCCUCAAAAAGGUAUUAAACUUGGACAUAAGUCUGACAAAAAAGUUUGUUAGUGGGGUUGAACGUGCGUUUCCCGUCGUUGCAUCUCCUGCUGGACGAACUUACAUGAAAGCAUUAGAGAUCUCAUGCCACGGACUCCCUUGGUUUGCUUUGACCCUUAUAUCGAUUUAUCUUCUGCGAAGUAUAGACUCUCGUGAAGUCGAGAUUAAUCUUCUAUUUGGUCUAAUUUAUGACGUUAUGCUGGUCGGCUUUGUGAAAGCGCUUACUCGUCGAAAUCGUCCAUCGAGCAACGUAAACGACGACAUGUUCAUGACCCGUGGCGUGGAUAAGUUCAGCUUCCCAUCUGGUCAUGCUUCUCGAGCAGUUUGGGUCGCCUUGUUCUUUACGCAGUGGGCAAUUCCGGAAAUGUCGAUCAUUUUCAGAGUCCUCCUCCUCGGUUGGGCGGGGGCAGUUACGGUAUCAAGAGUUCUUUUGAGGCGACAUCACCUUCUAGACGUGGCGGCAGGUGUAGGACUCGGUUUUGCCGAAUUUCUUCUAUCAGGAAUCUUGUGGGUUGGCCCUGAGGCGUGUAAAUGGCUGGGCGAUUGGAUUGCUUCUUCGGAGGAUGAGUAUAAUGGAUAAUUAUAAGGACAAAAAAAUCAUCAUAUCUUAAGCUUAAAAUGACAAUGCAUAUGGUACAUAUUUCAAUGACAAGAAUAUAAUUGACAAUUAGGAAAUUUCGAAAUUUUAUUUUGACUGUGAUUGAAGUCUACUAAUAGUAGUUAUGCAAUAAUGAAUGACUCAGAAACGUAUACGAUAUUUUGUGCAACUAAUAAUCCUACCCCCUGAAGCUUGCAUAAGUCAAUAAACUUGUUCAUUUAAA